GAAGGGGCUGUUGAGGACUGGAACUACUUUUCCCGACUCUCUCUGCGAUUUAGGCGGAAGCGAGGUGUGCUUCUAGGUAGCAUUGAGAUGCCUACAAUUCCAUUUCUACCAUAUUCAAUCCUUAUGGGAAAUCUGGGCAUCCUGUGUUUGGGGCUUACAAUAUAUUGGAGUCAGCACUGGCUUGGCGGCUUGGCCUGGGAUGGUUCUCGUAAGAUGUUUAAUUGGCACCCAGUUCUCAUGGUGACAGGCAUGAUGGUCUUAUAUGGUACAGCAGCACUGGUGUACCGUUUGCCCUUUUCCCAAAUGGGUUCCAAGCUUCCUUGGAAGAUGCUGCAUGCAAUCCUUGCUUUGAUAGCAUUUAUCUCUGCCAUUCUGGGAUUGGAGGCUGUCUUCAAGUUUCACAAUGUGCAGAAGAUCCCCAACAUGUACUCACUACACAGCUGGCUUGGGCUCUCUGCUGUGCUACUUUUCUCAUGCCAGUGGUUAGUGGGGUUUGCUUCUUUUUUGUGGCCUUGGACGCCCAUCUGGUUCCGAGCAAUCUACAAACCUGUCCAUGUUUUCUUUGGUUCUGUCAUCCUUGGCUUGGCUACUGCAUCCUGCAUCUCAGGCAUUAAUGAAAAGUUAUUCAUGAGAGGAAAAAAUUCAACAUCGUAUUCCAAGCUUCCUGCAGAGGCUUGGUUUGCCAACGUUCUGGGAAUGCUGAUUUUGGUGUUUGGAGUGUUAGUGUUGCUGGGUCUUGCCAUACCAGAAUGGAAACGUCCAGAUGUGAAUUCACAAGACUUUAGACAGCCUCUAUUACAAGAUGCCAGAUGAAGAAUUAAAGAGCAGCUGUGUGGUGCUACCAGUAAAGGGUUUGUUCAUUAAAACUUGAAGCCUUGCUUGCUGCUUCUCGUCAUGAGUACAGCAGCUCACACCAUGAACUGAUUCAGUUAAGAGAAGGUUUUUCGGGUAACAGACAUCCAAAUUUGCUCUUCUGGGGUCUGAUUUUUAAACUUGAAAUGUUUGUACUAUCAAGGAUUGCUGGACAUUCAAUCACAUUUGAACAAAUCUGUUUGCUAGCGUGCCAUAAAGUUCAGAGAUUUUUGUGCUUUUCAUUAGCCAAUUAAAAUCCUAAAUAAUUAAUUAAAGAAAAACUGUCUUUUUCUGAUACUUGGGUGAAAGGAUGUACUACAAUACUUUGGGUGUAAUCUCAGUGCUGCGUUAUUUUUUAAUUGAAUAUGAUAUAAUUUUCUGUGUUUUUUUUAAUAUGAAUCUGUUCAGAUUCCACAUAUUAUAGAGCAUAGUUUGUUAGUUUUCGGUUUAACAUGUCAGUAGAAGCCAGCUAGUAGAGAGGGCCUUCUCUUGAUUGAA